GGACCACUGAAAAUUGCCAGAAUACAGUUAGGUCGUCAGGUGAUCUUUCUGUCACAGCGGAGUGGUGUGGUGGUAGGUACGCCUUCGGUUUUCAACCCGCGUUGGCGCCAACACGGCAGCGUUAAAAGGUACCGGGUACUAGCUAGUAGCUAGCGCGGGCGCGCCACGAGUUCUUGGUCCAGCUCAAGGAAGGGGAGCGAAGAGUGAGUACGUACUAGCGAGUGUGAGGUGUUGGCAUGGCCGGAUCGGGCGGCGAGCCGGUUCCGGCGGGCUCCGGCACUGGCCUGAGCGACUACCUCGACCAGCCCAACGCCAUCCACCGGCGCGCCACGUCUCUCGCCAUCGUGCGCUCCGGGGCGGCGAGGGAUGGCCCACUCGUCGUUGAUGGAUCCGGAAGGGAGGACCCGAGGGCGCGCUCGUCGCGCCGCCUCUCGCUGUCCUCGUGGCGUGGGGCUCGUUCUAGGGUUCCGGCCGGCGAGACGGUGGCGGCCGUUGUGGAUUCGAGGAGCCCGGGCGCCGGCACGGAGGCGGAGGGUGGCAAGAAGAAGGGGUCGUCGGCAUGGAGGAGCUGGAAGCCGGUGCGCGCGCUCUCGCACCUCGGGAAGCGCCGCGCGGGGUGCCUGUUCUCGAUCGAGGUCGCCGCCGUCCGCGGCGUGCCGGCCUCCAUGGAGGGGCUCCGCCUCGCCGUCACCGUCCGCAAGGCGGAGACCAAGGACGGCGCGGUGCAGACCAUGCCGUGCCGGGUGCACGAGGGCGCCGCAGACUUCGACGAGACGCUGUUCGUCAGAUGCAACCUCUACUUCACCGGCGGCGCGGGCACCGGGAAGCCGCUGAAGCUCGUGCCGCGGAGGUUCGUCGUGUCUGUCGUCGCCAUCGAGGCACGGGCCGUCCGCCUGGGGACGCACACCGUCGACGUGAGCGAGCUCGUGCUCGACUCCGUCGAGAAGAGCUCCGAGGGACGCCGCGUCAGGUGGUUCGACAAGACGUUUGCACUCUCCGGCAAGGCGGCCGGCGGCGAGCUGAUGCUCAAGCUGGGGUUUCAGCUCAUGGAGGACGCAGGGCUCAGCCUCUACACGCAAGCGGAGGACAGUGACGUGUCUCCGGCCGGUCGUGCCAGGGCUCACACCAAGAACUCAUUCAGUAUCUCGAGUACGCCCAAGCUUUCAGCGUCCGACGCUGCCAUCUCACCUUCCAUGAGAGCUUACAAGCAGCUCGUUGACAGGCUUCGAAUCGACGAGAAUGGAGACCCUGUAAGGUAUCCGAUACCUCGGAAGCCCGGCGACGAUGAGCUUUCCAUAGCCACCACCGACGCCGGGGAUUUGUCCAACCUCCAGGAGUACGAAGUGGUGGAGAAGGGCGUAGAGACGGUCAAAGAAGUUGUGCAUUAUCAGGCUCACCGCGACGUGUUACGGGAGCUCGACUCCAUUGCCGAGCAGAUAGAGGCCAUCGAGGCGCUGAUGACCAAUGGCGGGAAGAAGUCGCCAAAGGCGGUGGACCAGCAGCAGCGCCUCGACGCGGAUGAAGAGAUGGUGACGGUGGAGUUCCUUAGAAAGCUUGAGGUGGACGAUGACAAGAUGAAGCUCAAGCAGCCCGUGACUCCAAGAAGCGUGUCGCCGGGGAAGGCGGCGACGCCGCCAGUGGUGCCGGACUUGGGACGGGGAAUUGGCCCCGUGGUGCAAACGCGAGACGGUGGGUUCCUGGUCUCCACGAACCCGUUCGACUUACCCCUGGCGAGCAAAGACGGACCUCCGAAGCUCGCCAUGCAGAUGUCCAGGCCGUUCGUGCUGCCGGGCUCCAUGGCCGCGACCGGUUUCGACGUGCUCCAGAAGAUGGCGGCUGCAGGCGGCGCCGACGAGGUGCGCGACAAGGUGGCGUCGCUCGGGGGCAUGGACAAUCUCACGGGGAAGGCGCCCGAGCAGGUGGGUUUCGAGGGCAUCGCGGAGGCGGUCAUCGGCGGGCGGCGUACCGAGGGCGCGAGCUCGAGCGCGGCGCGGUCCGUGCGGCUCGUCCGGAAGCUCGCCAGCGCCGUGUACGAGGGCCGGAGCGAGCGCGUCGCCACUGGCAUCUGGAGCGCGGGGGACGACCCGGAGACGCUGGAGGAGGUGCUCGCCUUCUCCCUGCAGAAGCUGGAGGCGAUGGCCGUGGACGCCCUCGCGGUCCAGGCCGAGAUGGCCGACGAGGACGCGCCGUUCGAGGUGGCGGCGGCCGCGGGUGACACGAGCGUUUUCGACUCGCUGGUGCCCUCCGAAGAGUGGUCCGAGUCCAGCGGCUCGGAUGGCCGCGUCACGCUGGUGGUGUCCCUCCAGCUGCGCGACCCGUCGCGGCGCUACGAGGCGGUGGGCGCACCGAUGGUCGCCGUCGUGCAGUCGGCCAGGCUGCUGGGCGCGUCCGGCCACAGCGCUGGGAGGUUCAAGGUGCGGAGUCUGCACGUCGGCGGCGUGCAGAUGAGGUGCCCCCCGUCCGGAGCCGGCGGGAGCGCGAGCUGGGGCGCGGAGAGGCAGAAGCUGACAGCGAUGCAGUGGAUGCUCGCCCACGGGCCGGCCCGCGCAGGCAAGCGAGCGACGAUGCCGUCGGCGCAGGCGAGGGAGAGGGUGCAGCGUCCCGACGUCGUGUGGAGCCUGUCGUCGAGGGUGCUCGCCGGGAUGUGGCUCAAGACGGUGCGCAACCCGGACGUGAGAAUCGGCGCCUGCGGCAGGUGAGAUCAUCUGCAGACUGCAUUGCGAGGACGUGCAUGGGCGCGUUGUGCUUGAUUUCAUGGUAUCUUUCUAGAUUCCAGAGGUAUAUAUACGCAGACGUGCAAGAUCAGUGUUGUAGAAUUGUCAGUGUGUGUAGUAGCAUUAUUGUUUCAGAUCGUCAUGUGAUCAUUCAUGUUGCUAUGGCUUGGAUCAAAGCCUAAAUAGUAAUCGAUUUGAUAGGAGAUUGUUUACUAAUCCGGAAUUUUAAAAACUUUGGACUUUGUAGGAAGUUUUGGCUCCUUUUCCUGA